AUGAAGCCCGUUUCUGAGCCCAACAAACCAAAGAUGAAGCCCAAUUCUCAGCCCAAUAAACUAGUCCAUAUGCCCAUGAAGACAACAUCUCAGCCCAUGAAGCCUGACUCUAAGGCCAAGAAGACCAGUUAUCAGGCCAAAUCAGUCCCACCUCAAUCAAAUGCAUCAUCACAAGCAGCCAAGAACUCACAAGGGAAUAAGGAUAAACAAAGUAGCAGUGGCUGCAGAGUCACAAGAUCUGGAAGACAAGUGAAGGAAGCUCCCCUCCAGGAAGAUGACAGUGACUCUCAUGACUCUUAUGAGAGUGCUGAAGAUGAACUGUAUAGGCCUCCAAAAGUUGUAGGGUACAACCUCUAUAGCAGUGACAGUGAUAGUGACUCUGGUAACAGAAAAAGAAGUGAAAAAAGGGACAGCAAGUCCGAAUUCAGAGAGAAGCACAAGCCCCCUAAGGCCAGAUUAGGUGAUAAAGAAAUAGACACUGAUAACUCUAACUAUGAGGGUUCUGAAGAUGAACAAAGCUCUGAGUCUGAUUUAGAUGACAGUGAUGGUGCCUCAGAUGCUGACUCCUGGCAUUCAGAGGAUUCUGAUAAAGUGUUGGAGUCUGAUGAAGAAUCACCAGCUGUAUACCCUCAGUUCAAUGAAAAAACAAAGUUUGGACUGUUGAAAUUUGAGGUGAGUAUGGUAUUUAAGUCAACAUCUGAAUUUAUGCAAGCAACAAGGGAUUAUACAAUCCAGUGGGGUAGAAAUAUUUUGCUUUCAAAAAAUGACAAGGUUAGAGUUAGAGCUGUUUGUAAGUCUGAAGAUUGUCCAUGA